AAGUGCGCCCGUCUCAUUGAAUCAUUGCUGGUGUGCACGUUGCGGCGAUCGCUCGUUGGAAAUUUCAGUGGCGCGCGUCUCGUGACGAUUGGAAAUUUUACGAAAAACCCGAAAAUAAGUAGUCGAAAUUCGUGCGGUGAAACGUAAACAUUAAAUUGUAUGAAAAUAUUUCGACACCGAAAGUGUGGUGAUUUACUUGUGGAAUCAUGCAAAAGUGCAGUUAUACUUGUUACUGAUUUAUUAGUGUGAAUAUAUAUGUAUGCGAAAUUAUUUGAAAAAUUAUAAAAUAAGUGAAAAAAUAAGAAUUGUAUGCAAACAAGUCAAGGAGUGUAAGAGCAAAGCAUUCAGAAAAAUACUAAAAUAAAUCAAAAAUUCCAAAAUUGAGGUGAAUUAAAAAUAAAUAGUUGUUUCAAAAAUAUAAAAAUAUCAUAAAUCUGAAAUCAUGCGGAAUAUGGGACGCCUAUUUCAGUAUAAUCGCUUUGUCGGUAGUGACGAAGCUGCAGAGGAUAAUACAAAGGAUACACAAACAACCGGUGGCUGGAAAAAUAAUAAGCCACAACAGCAAUUUGGCGCAAAUUGUCCAGCGUACGCUGAAUUAUAUCCGGCUUACGCUUGCAACGCCAGCAGCAUCGAAAUCACAGCAACGCCUGCAGUUGCAACCGCAGCGACAACAACAACAACGGCUGCAACAACGAUGACUAGUCGCAGCAUAGACCUGGCAUUGCGCAAAUAUCAACAAUGGAGCAGCAAGUUUUUGCCAGCCACCAACAACAGCAACAACGGCAACAACACAAUGCCGGUGUUGACAACAGAAGAAAAACACACAACAAUAGCAACAAUGCCGGUUGCAACAAAUGCUGACUGUGUCACUCACUUGUCAACGUCUUCAUCAUCACAAAAAUCCAAUUCGUGCUCACACUCCUGCUCCUACAACACCACCACCAACACUUCGGGCUAUUACAGUCGGCUGACGCUGGUGGGCAAUGUGUCGAUGCAGAUGCCGCAGACGCGCGGUGAGUUGCAACAACAGCAGCACGCCUGGGGUGCUGCGGGCGGAGAUCGAGAGUUGCUCGUUAGUGCGGGCAAAAGACCAAAAGUAUACGAUUGCAUGAAGGACUUUUUGCGUCGGAAACUCUUUCAGCAACGACAUGGGCAACAACAAGAGCAACAGCAGCGAGCAGCGCAAAUGGCAGCAACACUUUGCAAAAGCGACACGGAGGAGGACGUCACCAGUGAUUAUGAUGAGGUUGACAUGUUAGAUUCCUCGUACAACGCCGAUGAGGAGGAUGCCAGUGAUUGCAGCAGUCAGUGUACUUGUCCAUUGGAGAGUGACAUCGAGGAAGUUGUGCCACAACAACAACAAUAUGCAUGCAACGUACAACAACAACAGAAACAAGGGAGUACACCACAAAAAUCGAUUAGUCCGCAAAAAUCGAUGCUCUCGUUGAAUUGCUGGCAAAACAUCACCCAGUACACAGAUUCCACCACAGAACCGGAAGAGGAUGAGGAUGUGGACGGCGGCUGGGACGCGGCGGACGCUGAUUACCAACAUGUCGCUGAAGAUUCGGAUGCUGGCAUCUCCGAUUGCUGUCAGUUGAUCAGCGAAAAAUCGAGCCCGACGAAACAACGCAAACGACAGCAAAAACAAAAGCAACAAAAGCAAAAGUCACGUCACAACCGCAACUCCGACGAUGGCGGCGAGGAGGCCGAAUUGCUCGCCAGCAGUUGGUAUCAACCGCGCAUCACCACCAAAGCCGCGCUUGAGCGCCUCCAGCAGUCGCCACCCGGCAGCUUUCUGCUACGCCGCAAAUCACGCAGCUACGAGCUGUGCCUGCGCGUCGAAACGAAGGUGAAACAUUUCGUCGUCGUGUCGCUGGCGGACAACCAUUACAAGCUGAAAGGCGCCAAGAAGCAAUUUACAUCGUUAAAGGCAUUGGUCACGCAUCAUUCCGUUAUGGCGGAACAAUUGCCGCUGACUUUAGCAUUGCCGCGAGAGUACGCGAGCAAGAGCAACAAGGCGUACGCCGUAAGCGGCAAGUGGGCCGCCAGCGAGGCAUUCGAUGUUGGCGCGCGGACACUGCGGUCCCUGCGUUACGCUGAUGAUUUCGAUACGUAUGAGUCGUUGCAAAUUUUGGGUUUAUUGCAAGAUUGGCAGUGCGAAGCGAAUGAAUACUAAAAGUCGAGCGUACAGAGCAUUCAAAUGGCGCCGACAAGGCGGCGAAAGGGAAGUACGAGAUUCUUAAAGGUGUAAUGCCCUGUCUGGCCGCAAGUAUUAAAGAGUAUUGUGGGUGUAAUGUAAAUAGAAAUUAAAGCUUUUUCGUGUAAUACUCGUGCAGAGUGCUUGUGUUGGUAAUAAUACAGCGUUAAAGAGCAACGAAUUUAAUUAAGUAGAUUUAAGCGUUCGUGUUAUUAAAUUUAUAAGUAGAAACGAAAAUGUUAAUUGAAUACAAAGAUAACUAGCUUAAGAAGAUAUUUAUAUUAAAUAGCAAUUUACAAUAUAUUGUACAUAGAAGUAAGCGAAAUUCGAAAAAAGUUAAAAGAAAUAAAAGAAUAUAAACGUUAUAAUAUCGA